GCUGUUCCAAGCAGCGUGUUUGGUCGCUCAACCGGCUCACUCGAGCUCACCAAGGGAGAGAUCUGUUCUCGUUUUUUAUAUUGUGCAGGAUCUUGCACGCAUAAGAAUGUUGUAUCAUGGAGUGCCAUGAUUGCUGCUUAUGGUUGUCAUGGACGAGGCCAGGAAGCUCUUGAGUUGUUCCCUAUGAUGUUGAGAAGUGGGAUAGCACCAAAUAGGAUUACCUUUGUGUCACUGUUGUAUGCUUGUAGCCAUUCGGGGUUGGUUGGAGAGGGCCUUCAAUUUUUCUCCUUGAUGCGAGAAGGGUAUUGCCUGAUGCCGGAUGUGAAGCAUUAUACUUGUAUGGUUGACCUUUUGGGCCGUGCUGGGAAGCUUGAUGAGGCAUUGAAUUUAAUCGAAAAAAUGACUGUUGAGAAAGAUGAGGGGCUGUGGGGGGCAUUGUUUGGGGCAUGUAGGAUUCAUGGUAAUGUAGAGUUGGCAGAAAAGGCCGCAAGAUCUCUUCUUGAACUGCAGCCUCAAAACCCGGGGCACUAUGUAUUGCUCUCAAAUAUAUAUGCCAAAGCGGGUAGAUGGGAAGACAUGGCGAAGAUUAGGGAAUUGAUGACCCAUCGGAGAUUGAAAAAAAUUCCUGGUUGGACUUGGAUCGAGGCAGACAAUAAAAUCCAUCAAUUUAGUGUUGGAGACCAUACUCAUCCGUGGUCGAAGGAAAUAUAUGAAAAGCUGAAGAGUUUGAGUGAAGAAUUAGAAUUGGCUGGAUAUGUUCCAGAUACAAAUUGUGUUGCAUGAAAUGGAUGAGGAAGUUAAGAUUGGAAUCUUAUACACACACAGCGAGAAGUUGGCCAUCACGUAUGGCCUUAUUGGAACACCUGAGGGAACACCAAUCAGGAUCACAAAGAAUCUUAGAGUUUGCUGGGACUGUCACACAUUUAGUAAAUAUGUGUCUUUGAUUACAAAUAGGGCCAUUAUUGUUCGUGAUGUGAACCGAUUUCACCACUUUAAGGAAGGUGCUUGUUCUUGUGGAGAUUACUGGUGAUUGUUCUUUUGGCAGUCUGUUUGAUGCAUUCUCCUCU